AUGUCUGUUGACAACCUCAGGCGCUUCAUUUUUUCAUUACCUAGAGAAAGCAGCUUUGAGUUUACGGAUGAAGUCAGAACAAGAGUAAGGAAAGCACUUUUUUUAGCCAUCUCAGAUGAAGGCAAAUAUUUAGAUUGGUUUUUUCCUAGUGCUUCUAGUGAUUCACAAGAUAAACUCGGCCAGAAUGAACUAAUAGAACGAGUGGGACAGGAAUUCGAGUGGCUGUUUUCCAAUUAUUAUAGCUCUGAGUUGAGAGCCAGAGAUCCCAAAUUUAAUACUCACAAUCAUCACGCAUAUCAUUCGAACCUGCCUUGUGCUAGGAUAUUUCGAAAAGGAGAGCCUAUUAUUAGGUGUUUGACUUGUGGUUAUGAUGAUACCUGUGCCUUGUGCUCCCAUUGUUAUCAACCAGAGCAUCACGUAGGCCAUAACUUGCAUAUCACUAUAUGUCAAAGAGAGAAUGGUGGAGUGUGUGACUGUGGAGACCCUGAAGCUUGGGUCAAGGAAUUUAUAUGUGAUUACGGAAUUCAAGAAGAAAAGAGUAGUGAGCUUCGAAGUCGGCCCUUACCUGACGGUUUAGGGGAAUCAUUUUUUAAAACGAUAGAAGUUUUAUUAGAUUUUGUGAUUGAUAUUAUAUCUCAUUCGAAUUUGCAGUUCUAUAACUCAGAUGCAUCAGAUAUAUCAAAAGUUGAACUAAGUAACAUUAUGAGUAUGUUAUGUCCUACGAAGUACGGCUAUGACGAUGAUCUGGUGGUUGAUGAGAAUAAUGAUCAAUACUAUCUAAUAGUUUACAAUGAUCAGAUAAGACAUUAUCGUGAUGCAGUUCAAAGAAUUCAUUUGGCAAGCAAAAAAGUAACACAGUUUGCUGUAAUGGUAACAGACGAAGUUCAAAAUCACGGUAAGGCAAAAGUCAUAAGCUCUAGGAAUAUUCCUCUUCUUCAAGAGAGGCAAAAGAUUUUGGGUGCCACUGGUUUAGCAACUUGUAUACGUAGUCAUAGGGAUGCCUUUCGAGAGGAUAUGUGUCAUGAAGUUUUGGUUUGGCUAAAUGAUUUGACUGAAAGCGAGAUGUUCAAGAUAAAUAAUCAUGCCAAAGACUUAUUUUGUAGGGCUUUCUGCUGUAAAUGGUCCAAGGGCUUAGCACAUUACUCAAGAAGUGAUUUGGACUAUCAAUACGAGGUGGGAACAUUAGAUGCAAGCUUAAAAAUACCCAAAGUUCCAUCUAAUAAUACAAAAAAGAGCCAAUCUCAUUGGUACUUCAAGCCGUGCAAGUGGAAUUUAGAGCCUAAAGUAUGUGAAGAGUGUAACUAUAACUUAACUGAUGAAGAUUAUGACCUUCGAAAGAGUCAUUGGGGAUCUAGGUUUCAAUACUUCGUCUACCUAGAUAUUAGGUUUUGGAAAUCUAUCAGAACUUUGUUGCAUGAUAUGUUCGCGACUUCUCUAAUAACUAAUCUUAGUUAUAAGCACAUCAUUUCGUGUCAAUAUGUUGAUAUAUACCCAACGAUUGCUGAUAUGUUUUUAACAUUGGACAGGGAGCCCGAAUUGAAUAUUAUGUGCACUUUGUCUACGCAAUUAUUUACCUGCCCUUCCAACGCGACUUACAUAGUACAGCAUGGCGACAUAUCAAGGAUUUUUGCAUCCAUAUAUUGCUUCUUGACUGCUGAGGAGAUUAAGGCACCAGAAAAUGUUGAUAUCUCUCAAGAACUUUCCAUGAAGAGUUUGCGAAACAGAAGAUGGGGUCAGAUUUUUUUUGAUAUUGGAUAUAUUUUGAGUCGUAGCCAUGACUCAAAAUCCAUCUUCACUAGCAAUAUAAUUCCAAUGGCUUGUGAUAUACUUGCUCUUUUUCAAGGUAGACCGAUAAUUAAAAGAGAGAGCAAGAAUCAUGUUGAGUAUGAGAGUCCAGAUUAUACCGCAUUUUUUCAUGCAAUACUGGUUAUCUACCAGUUUGGUGAAUACAUUGCGCAUUGUAUAUAUAACCUCCAAGACAUUGAAAUUGACGAGAAAAGGGCACUAACAACAAAUGCGAUUAAUUAUGUCAGCCAAUUUCUAUUGACACUCGAAAACAAUGACUAUCCAGGGCUCAUUGAAGAAUUUGUUGAUAUUAAUAUUGGAAAUGAUAAACAAAUUUCUAAAGAAUUGAUAGAUGGUAACAUAAUUCAGAAUUUUCGAAUCGAUUCUGAGAAAGUAAGUUUUUUACACCCUAUUCAUUCUUUUCUCUCUUGGCUUAUCGAAAUGUCAAAAUUUUCAUCACCCGCAGAAUUGAAGAGUGUUCUUGAGACAUCUGUUACGUCAUCAUCUUUAGGAAGCUAUCAAUCACUUGAUAUCCCCAAUCCGUUAGCUUCCAUUUUUGAUUAUCCUAUCAGGACAAUUGUAUUGAUUUCUCAAAUUAAGUCUGGAUUUUGGGUUAGAAAUGGAUUCAGUGUGAGAUCUCAGUUACAGCUAUAUAGAACGACUGGAUUAAGAGAGAGUGGGUAUCUGCGAGAUUUGUUUCUCACUCAAGUCUUUAUUAACGCUAGUAAUCCAAAUCUUUUUUGCUUUUUAUUAUUUAGUCGUUGGCUCUUUAUGGAUGGCUGGCUUCUUGGUUCUGAAGAAGGUAAUACAAUCUAUGAAAGCGAUGAAACUUAUGGUCCUGUUAAGAAAUUGGUUUACGACGGUAAGACUUUACCCUAUAUGUUGGAAGAGUGUUUAAAUUUUUUUAUACAUUUGUUGACGGAGGAUCUUUAUUUACAAGGGCUUAAGGAGGAAGAGGUUACGAAAACUAGAUUAAGAAAUGAGAUCAUUCACAAUUUAUGCUUUGGGCCGAUGAGUUUUACGCAGCUUUGUGGUCAAAUACCCGAUCAUAUUACAUCUGAUAAGAGAUUUGAUAUACUUUUAGAUGACAUGACUCAGUUCAAAGUACCUACAGGAGCAAAAGAUAUAGGAGUUUACAAGCUAAAGGAGGAAUACUAUAAUGCUAUCAAUCCGUAUUAUGUUAAUUAUAGCACGAAUACAAAAGACGAUGCUAUUAAAUUUGUCAAACAGCGCUUGCUGAAGAAGUUUAACAAGCCAAAAUCCGAAAUUGUUAUAGAACCUAAAUUGAAAGACCCAGAAGUCCUUGGACCGUAUCGACAUAUUGGUAACUUUUCGGCAUCAUCUUACUUUUCAAAUUAUUUGAUAAGGACUUUAAAUUACAUCAUAGAUGAAGGUAUUAAGGAACUCGAUAGUCUUUUAGAAACAACUUUACAUCUAAUCCAUAUCUGUUCAUAUGAGCAGUAUAUAGAUAUAGAGAAGUAUGGUACUUUUUACGACAGAUUUGUCAACAUACUGGAUACAUACGGAACUUCGAUAGCAAUCCUUCUUUAUAGAAUUCUAUCAAAUGAGCAGUUUGCGGGGCAUCACUCAAAAAUACGUGCCAUUUUUAGACUUUUUGAAAAUAAGUAUGGUGGUUUGGGAAAAAUUUUGAACGACCAAGUGAAUAAUUUCGACCCUGUUAAAUUAGAGUUGCGUUUGAGUUUAAUCAAUGAUGAAGAGGAAUAUGAUCGCAAGAAACGUAUUGCAAAACUCAGGCAAGAAAAACUUAUGGCAAAAUUUAAGAUGCAACAAACUCUGUUUUUGGAGAGUAAUUCUUUUGAAAGUAGCGAAUGUAGUGAUGCCGAAAUGGAGGAUCCGGAUGGACAAGAAGGUUGGAGGUUUCCACAGCCUCACUGUUUGUUAUGUCAAAAUGCUGCGGAGAAUGCUGGCCCAUUUGGAAUCAUAACAUAUAUUGCGAAAUCAUCAGAAUUUAGAACCACGCCUUUCGAGGACCCAUACUGGUUUUUAAAGGCGUUUUCAGAUUCACCAGAUUUGUCUGAUGACGAGUACAACGUUGCUUAUCAAACUUAUACUGAUAAUUGGGAAAUCUACAUGAGUAAAGUCAGAAGAGACAACGAUAUGGGACCUGGUUUCACGCUGCAAGAAAAUGUCGAGAGUAAAUUAGUGUCCCUGAGUUGUGGUCAUGGUAUGCAUUUUCAGUGCUAUAUGAAUUUUUUGAACGGUAAUAGGAACCGUCUGAAUCAAAUUACAAGAAAUACUCCUGAAAAUAUAGAUCACAAGGAAUUCCUUUGUCCAUUGUGUAAAGCAAUUAAUAAUAUGUUCGUCCCGGUACUAUGGAGCUCAAACAAGAGAUCACUUGCAAAUUUUUUACAUCCAUGCAAUGAACCACCAUUGACGCAGUUUGAAAGACUUAACAGAGAGAAUGUAUAUGAUGAAGAAUGGUUUGGUCAUUUUUCUAGAACGGUGUGUAAGGAUGUCGAAGAGUCUCUUAAUAUGGCACCCGGCGUGAUUGAUAUGAUUUCUGAGGCAGCUUCGGACGACUCGACUUUAAACCAACUAAAUUACCGACUGAUUUUAACAAAUAUGUUUCAAAUACUUACUUUGCUCACAUUCCCAAAAAUUCUAAGAGCAGAUUCGUCACUAAUUUUGACCAACACUAUCAAAUCUGCAGAGAUAAGUUUGCGUGGUGUCCCUGCCUCAGGACUGCUUCUUAUUUCACAACUUUCAAACAUCGCGUUAACUAAUUUAAGGACGCUUCAUGAAUUUAGAAAUACGAAUUUAUUCAUGAAGAUUAAAAAUUGGAUUCAAACUCCAAAUUCAAAUUGGAAUACCUGUUUGAAGUUUUUAUCGAAUUUAUUACUUGUUUCUUCUGACUCAAUAAAUGAGGCUAUCAUAGAACGAGACUUUUUUGAUAUUUUAGUGGACUUAUUUCCAUUGCCAAGCCUUGGAUUCCUGUUUAAUUCUAUACUACAGCUAUGCUUUACUGGCCAGUUAAUUCAAACGGUUCUCAUUCUAGUGACUGAAAUUUUGAAGAAUGAUUACUAUAGGCAAAUGGGCUACUCAAUCUAUGAUGUUCCAAUAAUAUCUGAUGUUCAGGAGUCUGAUGCAGCCUCAGCUUUGUCAGUCUUUAAUACUUUAAAGAGCCAUAUCACGAAUUCGGAUUCUGCUGCAGUUACAGACAUCAGGAUUGGUUAUGUUUUCUAUUCAAUGAUCAUUAAAGCCAUGACGCCAUUUUUAAGGAGAUCUUGUAUAUUGGCAUUUGUUGCAUGCGCUGAUACUGGAUCAAUAGACUUUGAGAAAUAUGAGGAUAUACAAAUCGAAGCUAAUAGGUUGACUACUUUUCUUAAUAUCAGUAGCAUUAGCCAUUUAUUGAAUGCAUUUAGCAAGGAAACCGACCAUUCUUUUGAAACUAUGAAAUUCCGUUUGUUCGUAGAAUAUUUGCUGGUUAAGAAACUUAACGAGAGAAUUGAAAUAAAACAAUCUUUAGACUAUCCGGGGAUCAUUAAACUUAUAAACCUUCCUGAAAGGUUAGAUUUUUUCUUUUCGAAAUACUAUUAUCUGGAUAAGUUUAAUAAUCCUCAUACAAAAAUAGAAGAUCCUGCAGUAUGCCUCUUCUGUGGAACAGUUGUUGAUAUCCAGAAAAGAGAGAUUGGAUGUAAAGAGGGCCAGUGUACUACUCAUUUUUUGAAAGAAUGUGCAAAUAGUAUCGGGCUAUUUCUUCUUCCAAAAGAACGAACAUUUUUAUUGUUACACGAAAAUGGAGGCUCAUUUUACAAUUCCCCGUACUUGGACAAGCACGGUGAGCUUUCGGUUGAAAGCAAAAAAAACCAGACACUUCAUUUGAUGCGCCCCCGCUACGAUGAUUUUAUAAGAAAUGUUUGGUUGAACCAUAAUGUACAGAAUUACAUCGUGAGAAAGUUAGAUGGAGUCAUGGACGCUGGCGGUUGGGAAACCCUUUAA